AUGGAUGAAGUCGACCAAAACCUCACCUGGGAGGAGCUCAAUGCGUUUGGCGAAGACCGAGAACGACUCAGAGAGGAGAUGGAAAACACAAUUUCUCGACAUGAUGAGAGCUUUGCGGCUCUGAAACAAACCACACAGGUUGCCUUAGACAGCUUGAAAGCGACCGAGGAGGAAGACAAAGAACUCAAGAGACGUAUGGAUGCCUAUCUGCAGUCUACGGAAGCGGAUAGGUAUGAAGAUAUUGUGGACCCAAUAUCUAAUAAAGACGAUACCCUGGUGAAGCAAUUGUUCGCCACUGUGUCUCAGUGCUUGGACGAUGUCCGGCAGGAGCGGGACGAAAGUCCGCCAUCAACUCCUCUUGGAGAUGCUUCGCUCAGGACUCGAGAUGAGUCGUCAACAAGUUCUCCGAAACGUCCAGCUCUCGCCGCGCUGCUUAACAACUCCAAGCGUGGUCGAUCAUUUACGCUUGAUCAUAGGCAGACCAUUGUCUCUCAGCAAGACAGCAAUCAGACAGUCGCUGCUAGUCAAGGUAAUCGGUCUGGAUCGCCAGUUUCUCGUCGUGGUCCGACGAGACAGUCUGGCACUCUUCAACAGUCAGUUUUGCCAUCUUCGCCAAGCGUGCCGCGCAUGCUGCAGUCAACCACGGCGGUCCCUUUUUCUUCAUACCCUGAACACCUUUCCUCUACAUCAGGGGGUGCCUCGGACUUCACUCGUCGAUUCCAGGAAACUGGACGCUCCAAUCACGAUACCGCAUUAAUGCCGCCGCCCAUGCUACCACGGCGCAGUCUUAUCCAACUGGAUAACAACUCCAGUAGACUACAAGGUUCCUCUUCAAACUAA